GUGUUCUCUUCUGCAUUUUAGUUCGAUUGCGAUCCAAUUUAAACUAAAUACAGAUCAGAAUUAUCACGGAGAGAAUGCCGGCCAAAAGGAGAACUGCGGCGUCAACCAGCCAAAAUAGCGAUUCGCCAUUAAGUCCGCGCACAGAUCCAGCGUACCAAGAAAAAAGAAAGAAAAACAAUGAGGCUGUACAGCGUACACGCGAGAAGACAAAGAAAUCGGCCGAGGAACGAAAGAAGCGCAUCGAUGAAUUGAGGAGGCAAAACGAUACUCUUAAGGUUCAGAUCGAGGAGAGUCAAAAACAUAUAUCUACGCUAAGGGAUCUGAUCAUUCAAGGCGAGAAAACGGAGGACGGGCACCGCAUCAUCGAGGAGAUUCUCGCUGGACCAGAUCCCAAGGAUGACUAACGAGGAGCUGCUCCUGAUUUACUUUAUAAUAUUUACCUACUUUUAAUCCAUUUUCCAUGGUUGUUCACCAUGUUAAUCUUAGUUCUCCUACUAAAACGGUCCAA